AUCACCAUCUGCGCGGCGAUUUCGUCAACAAUCUUUUUUUCUUUCUUUUUCGUCACGCUUCAAUGGAUUCCGCCCGACGGUCGAGUUGAUGGGGCGCUUACAUCACACGCAGCUCCUUCGCGGGCGGGCGAGCGAGCAAUGCACGCACGCGCUGGCACGCGCGCCUUCCGAUUCCCGUCCUACCCGCCCUACCUUCGGCUUCGUUCACUACCUGAAAAGCGAAAGGGGAAAAGAAAGAAACGAAAACAAGAAAUGCCCGAGAGAGAGAGAGAGAAGAGGAGGUGUCUCGAGGCCAAAAUACGCGCCGAAACGUCACCGCUCUCUCGGAUCCUCGGGAUCGGUCGGGGCGGCAGGUAGAGAGUGUCGGUAGAGUCUUCGACGGCGGGGUGCGAGAGCGAAAGUGUGACGCCGAUCACUCGGCACGCGACGAUUGGCUCCUUCCGGAUCACGUGGUACAGGGUCUUCCCCCCUUCCUUUAUAAAGGACGAAACCAAGUACCGGCGCCCAUCUUCUUCACUGACGUUUGGGACAUUGCGAGUGCUGGUCGUUCGUCUGGUGUGCUUGUUUGUCAGUGCCGUCGAUCACUCCGGGAGGAUCCAGGGCGACCGCGCGCAUCAUCGAACGAAACCGGGAACGAAAAAAAAAAACGAGAAAAAGAAAAGAGUCCACCAACAUGUCGGGGCACAAGUUAGAAGAGACCACGGACAUAGCCGAAUUCUUCGCCGGCAAAAGCGUCUUUCUCACGGGGAUCACUGGAUUUCUCGGAAAGGUGCUCCUGGAGAAGAUGCUUCGGUCGUGUCCAGACAUCGGCAACAUCUUCGUACUCAUCCGGGAGAAGAAAGGCCAGAAGGCCAGAGACAGGCUCAAGCAGAUCCUCAACGAAGUGCUGUUCGAGCGAGUGCAGAAAGUGCACCCCGAAGCGCUGUCCAAGGUCCAGGUGGUGGCAGGGGACCUGCUUCAGCCGGAACUCGGCAUGUCCAACAGCGACCGGGAGCGCCUGACCAGGGAAGUGUCCGUCGUCAUCCACGGCGCUGCCUCCGUGCGCUUCGACGAACCCCUCAGGUUCUCAGUCCGCUCCAACAUCGCUGCCACAAAGAUGAUCCUCGAUCUCUGCCACGAAAUGAAGAACCUCAAGGUGUACGUCCACGUGUCAACGGCCUACUGCAACUGCAACGAGAAAGAGAUCAGGGAGCAGGUGUACCCCACGCACAUGAAGCCCGCCAACCUCAUGAACAUUGCAGAGUGGAUGGACGACUCGCUACUGGAGGCCAUCACGCCGAAGCUGAUCAAGGACCGGCCCAACACCUACACAUACACCAAAGCUGUAGCGGAGCAGCUGGUGCAGGAGGCAUCUUCCACCCUGCCCGUCACCAUCAUCCGGCCCUCCAUCAUCACCGGGGCGUGGAAGGAGCCCCUUGAGGGCUGGGUGGACAACUACAAUGGCCCCACUGGCCUCCUCAUUGCCCUCGGCAAGGGGGUCCUCAAGACGGUGUACACGGACCUCCAGAUGUCGGCCGACCUGAUCCCGGUCGACAUGGUCUCCAACAAUGUGCUGGCUGCCGCCUGGUACAGGGGAUCUGGAAGGAGCCAGAAGCUGCUGGUGUACAACAUGACCUCCGGGGCAGACAACCCGCUGACGUGGCAGGAGUUCAUGACGCACACCUGGGAGAUACCCUACAACUACCCGUCGAGCAUCAUCCUGCGCUACCCGCAGCCACGCUGCACCCACUCCAAGCUGCUGCACCGCCUGCGCAUGUUCUUCCAGCACUACCUGCCGGCACAGACCUUCGAUGUCGCCCUCCGCGCCGUCGGACGCAAGCCCAUGCUGUCCCGACUGUACGACAAGGUGAAGAAUAACAUGGACCUGUUCGAGUACUUCACCACCACGGAGUGGUACUUCCACAACGACAACGUCCGGGCACUCUACAGCGAAAUGAGCUCCAAGGACAAAGAGGAGUUCAACUUCGACGUGAAGACCCUCGACUGGAAGGAGUACCUGUUCAACUACUGCAUGGGCAUCCGCAAGUACCUGCUCAAAGAAGAGCUCGACACACUCCCCGAGGCACAAAGACACCUCACGAAGCUGUACAUCGUGAGCAAGGCCAGCAACAUGCUGCUGAUGCUGGGAGCCUGGCGAUUCAUCAAAGCAGUCGCGUUCGAUCCCGUCGACAUUGUCUACAACAUGGGAAGCUACUUCCAGGAAUUCGUCGACACGUUGUAAGCGACGCGCCGGGGUGCAACAACGUCCGCAUCAACUGACGACGCGAGCGGAAUGCGGCAGUCGGAUCGUACGGCGCCGAAAGAUACCAAGAGCUCUUCCAAGCGAUUAAAAUGUGUAGCGAAGGUCCUGACAACGGGACGGCGACCGUUUCUAUGCAUGGUUCACCACCCAAAGGCCAGUUCACACACUAUGCAACCGCUUACGACCGAGCAACUCAAAACCUCUCUGGAUCUUUUAUGAGGAGAAAGCACACUAGCGCCAUCUAUUGGGUAGCCGUGGGAAGACUCGACAUUUCCGCGUAUUUCCGUUGUUGCGGCAACGUCGAAACGUCGAGUUCAGAUUGGCUCCGAUUAGGAGGAUGGUCGGCAGACCUCGAGGCAACUUGCUUCGAGGUAUAUCCACUAUCCUUCCAAUCGGAGCCAAUCAAAACUCGGCAUUUCGACGUCACUGCAGCCUCCGCAAAAAAGCGGACGAACUUGUGCUCUUUACUGUUUUCUCGUAUCAUUCUCUCUUUCUCAGCCCGAAAAGCUUUAGACAACGUUCUAGACUACCAUUUCUCGUAUAUAGUAUACGCAUUGGAUCUCACAACUACCGUGAAACCUUUGCUCUGGCGAAAUGCAGUUCCAGGGUCGCUUCGUAGAUAGCGCCAGUGUGCCCUCUCGUCGUAAGAAAUCGCGAGAACUCUGUCGCAAGCAGGCGCGAGAGUGCGGACAGGCCUUGGGCCGACAGUGCGGCGCAAGCUACGCGCCCAUUGUGCCGAUCGUACGUUGGUCUUUCAUCGGCCGUCCGGCGAGUGCACAGUCUCCACCGCACCGUCGGCUCAUGGGUGAGUGGAGUUUCGGUGCGGGCAUCCGACGACACGAUCAGCAAACGGCUAGGGUGGUGGCGCACCUAAAAGCACGAUUGUGCAACCGACAGAGGAAAGCUCUCGUUGAAGAGAAGAGAAAUGUAUCUCCCCGUCUUAUCAGUAAUAACCAAAGCUGUCGUUACGGCUUCGGGCGAAAACUUUGCGUGAAUGUUGACCGAUUGUGACGACCCGAUUCGGGUGCCUAAAUGAACCUUUUUUAGUGCUAGAUUGCGAGGACGCAACGUUUUAUUUUGCAUCCUCACAAAUCCGGUCGACGUAUGCCCCACACCCUAUUGAAUGUGCAUGUGAUGUUGCGUUUGUUUUUCGAAAUUCGAAUCGUGCCGUUCUUGGUGCAGUUGUGCAGCAUUGGAUGCUUGCUUUUGCGAGUCGUUCGACGGUUGAUUUUCAGCUUGGUAAAAGGGGCAGUUAUUUACUGACUACCCUCCUUCCUUUGUAUAUAAAAUGUAAAUAAAAAGCACUUGUUUUACCUUGAAAA